AUGGGAGGCGCUAGCAGCUACAUUGCGAUGUUGAGCAUCGCGGGCUUUCUGGGGGCUGCAUGGACGGCCAGUAAAGUCUCCAGACUUUUAGGGAUCUCGUCCAUUGUGCUGGAGAUCACUGUUGGAGUUGCCCUCGGCCCAAGGGGCUUCGGCUUGGUCGAUCCUGUCUACACAGUGUGUGAGACCAAGCGAGUGGAUGACUGCACUGCUCCGGCAGACUUGGAUGAUCGCAUUUCGAAGGGGCUGUCCUUGGGACCUUCCUUGGGAAGAAUUGUCGGCAUGGGAGUCUGCAAUCCCGCAGACUACUCUCAUGGAGACCAUGGUCACAGCAGCCAUGGCAGCGGCCUGUUCAACAUGACGGUUGAUUACGUUGGCGGUGCACAGCCCAUGGAGGAAAGUCACGCCGACGACCACAGCGGUGGACACAGCAACGGAGAUCACGGCAGCACGGCCAGCGCGGGGCAUGACAACCAUGCCGACACGCAUUCCGAGAGCCAUGCCGACACCAGCCAUUCUGAGAGUCACUCCAGUGACAGCCACGACAGCCAUGACAGCCACGAUGGCCACGCCAGUGAUGGACAUGCCUCUCAGCACAGGCGCCUGUCCGGUGGCCACUACCACAGCUAUUCCGAGUGCUUGGUCAAAGAGUGCGAGCAUGAAGUGUCGAACAACUGCGGCAGCUUUCCAGAUUUCUUUACGUUGAUCGGCCAUGCAGGUGUUGGCCUCAUGAUCUUUGAGAGCGGAAUGCACUUUGACUUCGAGAAAGCCAAGAUUGUUGGGCUGCCGGCGUGCUGUGUUGCUGUCCUGGGCACAGUGCUUCCACUGAUCGUUGGCAGCUUGCUGACAGUUAUGUUCGGUCGCCCCUUCAUGCCAGAUGGAAUCUCUGCAGGGACGGCCCUGGCUCCAACAAGCGUGGGCAUCGCUCUUCGUCUCCUUGGCGAGGCAGGCGUUCUUCAGGAGAACUUCGGCCAGGCCAUCAUCACAGCAGCCUUCGUAGACGAUAUUCUGUCACUGGUACUGUUCAAUGUCCUGUUCAGCCUGGGUGGAGAGUUUGACAUGUUCAAGACAGUGAUUGCUCCCAUCAUUGGCGUGGCCUUCAUGCUCUUUGCGAUGUACCUGGCAGUGAAUUUCUGGCCGAAGUUCCUGCCAAAAUACAUUCUGGCCAGGGUACCGCAGAAGAGUGCAGAAGCGAAGAUCUCUGCGCAGGACGAGGCGCUGUUCUUCUUCAUGUUCGCCUUACUGUUCGUAUAUGCCACGAUCACCCACUUCCUUGGAACGCACCUGUGGGGCUGCUUCAUUGCCGGCAUGUCUUUUGCCUGCCUGAACCCUCCUCAUCAUGCCCACCAUGUUUGGGUCAAGCAGACAAAGCGCGUAACCUCCUGGAUGAUCCGCAUCUUCUUCGCGGGCACCGUGGCCUUCACCAUCCCGCUGCAGCAGCUGAUGUCCAUUGAUGCCUUCUGGAAAGGCAGCAUCAUGGGCAUCUUUGCUUGCAUCGGAACCAAGGUUAUAUGCGCGCCUUUCAUGGGCAAAGCGCGCUGGGUGAUCGGCUGGGCAAUGGUUGGCCGAGCCGAGUUUGCGUACUUGAUUGCUCAAAUGGCGCUUUCUGCCGGGAUGUUGGAUGCAGGGACCUUCUCCAUUGUCAUUUGGGCACUUCUGUAUGCCACCAUCUUUGCCCCGUUCAUCUUCAGGCUGCUUCUGAACCGAUACGUGGCCUCUGAGGGACUCGGCGAGGGAGCUGCCGGAACUGGGUUCAGCGACUCGGACUCGGACAUCUGGGGCGAGGAGAAGGAGAACAACAAGAAGGAAGAAGAUGACCUGGAGGACGGUGGUCUGUUGACUCUGGCCGCAUUGGCCUCAAGGGAUUAG